AGUCGAAGCUCCAAGAGGAACACCCAAAAAAGGCAUGAUUCUCAAUGUCAGCCUCAGCCAGAGCCCACCAGAGGGCGAGAGCAGUAGUUGUGCCAACCACACAGGGCACCACCCAAGCCAGAGGAAGGGAAGCUGAGCUGGGCUAACGAGGGAGGAUGAAAGACUGGCCAGGCCCUCCCUCAUACCAACCCCACCCCUGUCCCUGCCUAUAGAGGCUGACUCAGCCUGUCCUAGGCCCAGAACCUUCCUUGGCUAGACCUCGAGGCCUUUGUCUGUAGUCAUGAGGCCUGAUGGGGGUGGGGUCAGUUGAUAAAAGGCACCAAGGCAGCAUCUACACUCUUUUCAAAACUGCUGCCCACAUGCAAUCCAGGACGCAGCCCCUAGCUCACGCCCUACCCUUCUCCCUUGGAGGGGCCCUUCGAGAUGCCGGAUUCCGGGUGCCUGUCGUUAAGAUGGGCACAGGCUGGGAGGGCCUGCAGAAGACCCUGAAGGAAGUUGCCUACAUCCUCCUCUGUUGCUGGUGUAUCAAGGAACUGCUGGACUAAUGGCAGUGGAGAACUGUCUUCUCUUUUCCCUGGCAUCAUGGCUGGCAUCAUUCAGCCCCAUCAGGACGCCUAGAGCCAGCUGUGAUCUGCCAAGAAUGGGCCACCAAUGAGUGAAAAGUGAAGUGUGCAUCCUGCUUUGAGUUGUGCCAUCUGUCAAGCCUGCCUCAUCUCUGAGCCUCUGUUUCCGGCCCCUACUUUUGAUGGACCUCUGGUGGACAGGAGCCUGGCCUGCUGGCGAGGACCCCAGUUAAGACUGCAGCAGGACCUGGCACUUCUCCAAGCUUGGCACAGUGAGCCCACGAACCCAGAUGGCUGGUUUCACCAUGGCGUUAGUACCAGGAAUAGGUUUCCUUCUAAGAUCACUGUUUGAGAGUCACUGAACUAUGCAUAUAAUAAAUAGGCACUGAGGCCAAAAGUUCUAAAUGUCUAAAAGGAAAUGAGGAAACGUCGUUGGCACUGAAAGGGUCUUGGAACCACAGCACAGACCAAAAGAG